CGAUAUUGGCAUUAAGUUCGACUUUAAACAAAAAACUAGGAAAAUAUGGAUCUGAAAAAUUAUACCAACGAGUACGAAGAGUCCAACUCUGAAGAAGAAAUGUUGUGGAAAUUGUUGUACCCAAAAACAGCGCAAACAACUUUCUUCCUGGAAAUAUUCAAUGCAACAUUGUCUUCUUUUGGCUGUGUGGGGAAUAUUUUCAUCAUGGUGAUAAUAUCACAAUGGAAAAACUUAUCAUCUGGAGCCGCAUUCAUGGCCAGCUUAGCUCUGGCAGAUUUGCAGAGCAUAGUUUUCGAUGGAUUCGUAUACGAAUUAUUUCCUCUUUCAGGGUUCAAUUUGACUCUAAUCAAUCGUUGGCUGUGCGCAAUUUUAAACUAUGUUUCAAAUCUGACAACUUCUGUCUCAAUUUGGGUAACGGCUCUGUUUAGUGUCGAUAAGUGUUUAGCGGUCUUGUUUCCCUUCAAGUACAAGGAGCUUGGAAAACCAAAAAUUUGCAUCAUCGCAACAAUUUUUGCGAAUAUUUUUCUCGCUAUUGUUUUGAGCCCUGCUUUAUUCGUGUUUGAUUUGAACGUAGAAAAAAACGAAUGCAGCGUCUCUAAUUUCGAAUUCGUAAGCAGGUUUUUCUACUUCAAAAUCCGAAUGCCGAUCACAAUCGCGGCUAUAUCAAUUCUACCAAUUUCAGUGGUUUUGAUAUGCACGGUAACAACUUUGUUCAAGCUUCGAUUAAAUAUGAGAAAACGAAGAAACCAAAGAGAAAGUUCUCAAGCAAAUGUUUCAGCCAGGGACCGACUUGAUAAAGAGAUUACAAGACAAAUGCUUGCAGUGUGCAUACUAUUCUGCGUUCUGAAAGUGAGUGGCUCGGUCAUAUACAAAUUGAAUUAUGGUUCCGAAAUGAAUACUGUUUACGAGCAAGCUGUUUUUAACCUUCGCGAUAAAAUCAAUUCAAUUCUAACAACAAUGUUGAAUGGGUGCAAUUUGUUUUUGUAUUUGAUAUUUGGUAGAAAGUUUAGAGCCGAUUUCAAACGUCUAUUCUGGAAAUCCGAGAACGAAUAAAUGUGACAUCAAAUCCGAUGACAUCAAACCCGAAAGCAAGACACUUUUGAAAAGACCAAGGUUCUGCAUGUGAAUCGUUUCUCUUAAAAAAUAUACAUAUUAUAGUCAUUAUAUUCAGCAGACUCAAUGAAAAAGAUCUCGAUU